UGUCAAAAAAUUAUUAAAACAAGUGGAAGUUCAACAAAUAUGUCGUCGCACAUAAAAAACAAGCACUAUGACACUUUUGUAAAGUGUAUAAAAAAAAAGGUUUCGAUGAAGUUUCGUGAAAACCAAACAAUUGAACAAUCAUUUCGAAACACUGAAGCUUUAAAAGACAAUGGACAGAAGGCGAAUGAAAUAUAUGAAGCAAUUGACUUCAUGAUUUGCAGAGACAACAUGCCUGUCCGGUGCGUGGAGAAAGAAGGUCUAACACACCUUCUUAAGAAAUGUGUGCCGCAAUAUAAAAUGCCUGGCCGGUCCAAGAUUACAACAAUGAUCGAAGAAAAAUACAGCAAAUCAGUGGAUGCUGUUAAAAAGAGUUUAAGCGAAGUGGAGGAUGUCGCAUUCACCUGGUAG